CAUUCGCAAUUGUUUAUUGUAUCUCAUCAUUUGACUAAUUCUACUUGUUUAAUUCAAACUCCUCUUUCUUUCUGUGACAAUGGCACGAACCAAGCAAACCGCUCGAAAAUCUACCGGAGGUAAAGCUCCUCGAAAACAAUUGGCCACCAAGGCUGCUCGUAAAUCUGCCCCUGCUACUGGUGGUGUUAAGAAGCCCCAUCGAUACCGACCUGGUACCGUCGCUUUGAGAGAAAUCCGUCGAUACCAAAAAUCUACUGAAUUGUUGAUCCGAAAGUUACCUUUCCAACGUUUGGUGAGAGAAAUCGCUCAAGAUUUCAAAACUGAUCUUCGAUUCCAGUCUUCUGCAGUUAUGGCUUUACAAGAAGCUUCCGAAGCUUAUUUGGUCGGUCUUUUCGAAGAUACCAACUUGUGCGCUAUUCAUGCUAAGCGAGUCACCAUCAUGCCAAAGGACAUCCAAUUGGCUAGACGUAUCCGAGGAGAACGUGCUUAAGCUUUCUUUUUGUGAAAUUCUACCAUUUGCUUUUUCAUCCAUCCUAUUUAUCCUAUCCUUUCACUACACCUUUUACCCCUUAUCCUCAUGAUCCUGAAACCUCUAUAUUAGCCCGCUUAAACAAAAAAACGGCCCUUUUCAGGGCCAAUUACAUAUCUGAGAAAGAGGUUGUUAUAAUUUUCAUUGUGUAAUUUAUUCUCAUUAGACUUUUAUUUGUAAAGCUCUUAAUUAUGCCAUAACUGCUAUUCUAUUCAUUAAACAUUCUAAUUUGAUUG